AUGGUACUAAACGUUAUCGUUCUCGAUGAAUCGAGUGGUAAAGAACGUGGGGUCACCGUAGACGAUAUCGCCACUGCAUUUCUUGACACAUUUCUUGCCGCUAUAUCACCUAACCAGCAUUUCCAACAUUUCCGCUAUGAAGAUGAAGACGGGGACCUUGUGGCUGUUCGAACCAAUGAAGAGCUUGCUGCUAUGUUGUCUUCAUCGAGAAUUCAUCCGCUAAGAAUUCAUUUAAUAAGCAUUAUGCCGGAUAUGUUGAAGCGGCUUGACAUUAUUGGAUUCGGUUAUUCUGGCACUGUUUACAAAGCCUUAGACGUGGAACAUGAUCGGAUUGUGGCACUAAAAUGUAUCUCUGUUGAUGGUUGUGGCGGACAUCUUGUUGUUGCUCGAGAAGUACAGCUUCUUAGCAAGUAUUCUUGCAGUCCAUACAUCGUAAAUUUCUUAUUGGCUGCACUUCUUGAUGGUGAACUAUGCUUGUGUAUGGAGUUUAUGGAUGGCUGCUCAUUGGAUCGAUAUAAAAAAUUGCCUGUUUCGGUACUUGUUCCUGCAGCUAUUUCUAUUAUCUGCGGGCUUCAUCAUCUUUGGACGCAUAAAGUGAUGCACAGAGAUAUAAAGCCAAGCAACAUACUGGUGAAUACGCGUGGUGACGUCAAAAUUUCUGAUUUUGGAGUUUCGAAACAACUGGAACGAUCUGUAGCUCGCAGUUUCGUUGGUACAAGUGCGUACAUGGCUCCUGAACGUGUACAGGGUGGUCCUUACAGAAUAUGUUCAGAUAUGUGGAGCUUUGGUUUGACAAUAUGUGAGCUGGCCAUUGGAAAAUUUCCAUUGACAGUGAGUACUUGUAAAGAUGUUUCGACUGCAAUGGAAGCCCUUUUUGACAAGAAUUUCAAUAUUAUGAAUUCUUUUGAUGUUGAACAUCUUCCAGCUGACUUUGUGGACGUAGUGAGGAACUGUGUUAUUGUGGAUGAAACAAAACGAUGGAAGCACGAAGAUCUUCUUGAUUGUUCAUUCGUCCGAUUGAACAUUCCUGCAGAUUUGCGUCCCGUUGCACAGUUCAUUAGUGCUGCUCUUUCCUAA